AUGGCUGCAAAUUGGGAUGAUUUAAGAAUCUUUGAAUUGAAAUCAGUUAAAUUGUCAGGUCAAAUAAAGGCACAUGAUGCCUCAUUCUCAAAUUCACCCUCUGGUUACCCAAGACCACAAGAACAACUAGAAUAUUCAUUGCAUAUGGAUCAAUUAGUAAACCGAAUGAAACCACAACCUGGACCAUCACAAUUGCUGCAGGAACAAGAACUAGAAAUGGGCGAAGAAGAGAAAGAAAUGCUUAAAGAUAUGGCAUCUCAAAUCAAUCAUUUCCAAAAUUUGCUUUCUGUAGAUACAGCAUCUAUAAACCGUAUACCAUCCUCCGUACAUUUCCAUGACGGAUACUCAAAUGAUAAUUUACUUCAACGUAAUAUGACUGGCCCAGCACAAAUGAUGUUACAACCAAAUAUGACAGGACCUAAUCAAAUGGCCCAAUAUAUUAAUAGAAAUACUAAUAGUCCUUUACCCUUAAGAGCAAAUGUUACAGGACCGGUGGAUAUGGAGAGGGCUUUUGUUCCUGGUUCUGGUCAAGAGCAAUCACAAGACCAACAGCAAUAG